AUGGCCGCCCAAAACCUCGCUCCGAAGGACUUCCAAAACAUCUUUCACUGGGCGGAAACGCAGAAGAACGGAACGAUCCCAUCCUUCGCGACCCGCUCGAACGAUCCGUACACGUACCAGCCCGGCUUCAACAACAGCUUCGAGUCCGAGGCCAUCGCCGGCACGAUCCCGAGGGGUCAGAACAACCCUAGGAGCAUACGAUAUGGACUCUACGCAGAGCAGCUGACGGCUUCGUCGUUCGUCGCUCCUCGACACGCGAACAAGAAAGCAUGGCUGUACCGUUCCCGACCAGCGGUGGCCCAUCAGGGAUUUCUAACCCAACCCAACCUGUGUCUCAUCCAGACCGAGCUCCCCGACAACAAGGACACAGAGUCGACAUUCAUCCCCAUCAACCCCCGAGUUCACGUAUCGCCGACUCAGUUAGCCUGGAAGCCGUUUCCCAUCCCCGACGGAGAGGACGUCGACUUCGUUCAAGGCCUGAAGACCGUGGCCGGCUCGGGUGACCCGACGCUGCGAGAGGGCCUGGCCACCCACGUGUACCUGUGCAACAAGAGCAUGACGAAGAAGGCCUUUGCCAACUCGGACGGGGACUGGCUCAUCGUGCCGCAGCAGGGCGCCCUCGACAUCCAGACCGAGUUCGGCUUCCUCUACGUGCAGCCGGGCGAGAUCUGCGUCAUCCAGCGCGGCCUCCGCUUCCAGGUCAGGGUCGAGGGGCCGACGCGCGGCUACAUACUCGAGGUCUGGGGCUCCGGCUGGGAGCUGCCCGAGCUGGGCCCCCUGGGCGCCAACGGCCUGGCCAACGCGCGCGACUUCCUGCACCCCGUCGCGGCGUACGAGGUGACCAAGGACGACCCGUGGGACAUCGUCUACAAGCUGGGCGGCAGGUUCUUCAACAGCACGCAGCGGCACUGCCCGUUCGACGUCGUCGCGUGGCACGGCAACUACGUGCCCUACAAGUACGACCUGACCAAGUUCGUCGCCGUGGGCUCCAUCUCGGUCGACCACAUCGACCCGUCCAUCUUCUGCGUCCUGACGGCCAGGUCGAGGGACCCGACGGCGCCGCUGGCCGACUUCCUCAUCUUCUCGCCGAGGUGGGACGUCGCGUCGCACACGUACCGGCCGCCCUACUACCACCGCAACGGCGCGUCGGAGCUCAUGGGGCUGAUCUACGGCGAGUACGGCGGGCGGUCCGACGAGUUCCGGCCGGGGAGCAUCUCGUUCGAGUCCGGCUUCGUGCCCCACGGCGUCGCGUACGAGCAGUUCGCCGCGGCGUCGAGGGAGGACCCCCCCGCGAUGCAGAUCUCGCUCGGGUCCGUCGCCUUCAUGUUCGAGACGAGCCGGGCGCUGACCAUCACCGACUACGCGUGGAACAGCGAGCAGAAGCACGAGCACGACCCCAAGAUGUGGGACGACCUCGUGGACAACUUCUCGAGCUUCGAGAUUGAUCCCGAGUUGAUCAAGAACAGUGGAAGACGCUGA